AUGGUUGCUAUUGACAGUCCAAAGGGUAAUACGGAAGAGAUUAAGUCCUAUUCCCUUAAACGAAAAAAAAUUUUAAAUGACACUCGUAACACAUUCCGAAUACUGGAUGAGAGUUUACUCGAGAGCAAUUCCCCAAAUUCGAACGGCAAAGUUCACAAUUUAACUACCCCUACGUCAUCAAAAUUAGCAAGGAACAAUAAUGUUAGAAAAAGACAAUCCAAGAAGCAGAAAAUACAUCCACAUGAUGAUAAAGUACAUAUGAGGACUAUUUUUGGUGAAAAUAUUGUCAAGACACAGCCGUUAAAAAGUGUUCCAAAGACGUCAACAUUGAAAGAAAUAAACAUCAACAGUAAACGUGGAACUUCAAAGUCUCACAACUCAGUGGUCACCAAGAUUCACACAAAGGUGAAUGAUCAUGAAACCCAACUGAAGUUAAGCAGCUAUUCCAAAUCAAAAAUGGAGAUUGUUGACAGUGAACCAACUAAACUAAACCCAGAACAAUUGGUCUUUAACGCAGUCGAACGAUUCGCAAGUAAAGUAUUAGAAAAAUAUAGUGAUCCUAAUCACUGA